AGUAGACGGUAAGGUGCCAUUUUAAUCUGUGGCUGUCAAAUUUUUUUGUCGUUCGAUAUAAUUUAAUUAAAAAUGUUAUAAAAUUACUUAUUUUUUAUCAUAAUCCGUAAUAAAUUAUGUAUUUUUUUUUAAUUAUUAAAAUCUACCUACCGAUAUAUAGUAGAUCCAUAAAUUAAUGAUUUUGAAUUGAUUAUAUAAACUUACGAAUUAUGGAACAGUUAUUGCAAAACACAGAAGACAAAGUUCCUGUAAAAUUUUCUUCAAUAGGAAAGACACUAAUAUAUGUCACAGGCGGUUUAGGAAUCGGCGUUAGUGUUAUUUGUAUACCAUUUGUUUCACCGGCACUGAGGAAAGUUUGUUUGCCAUAUGUACCUGCUACCACUGAACAAUUAGCUGGAGUUACAAAGGCUUUGUCCGGCCGUUGUGGAAGAUUGUUAGAUGUGGGUUCUGGCGACGGUAGAAUCGUAUUUACAGCUGCUACGUUAGGUUUUAAAGCUGAUGGUGUAGAACUAAAUCCUUGGCUGGUUUAUUACUCUAGAAUAGUAGCACUAUUUAAUACUCGGUACCAUAAUACCAAAUUUUACAGAUGCAAUUUGUGGACUUUUGAUUUAAAUCCAUAUGAAAACAUUGUAAUUUUUGGAGUAGAACAAAUGAUGAAAGAUUUUGAGAAGAAAGUUUUAGAAGAGACAAGUAAUGGUACUGUAAUAAUUGCAUGUAGAUUUCCUUUACCUAAUAUGAAACCAAUUGAAACAAUUGGUCAUGGUAUAGAUACUGUGUGGAAAUAUGUAGUUAAAAAAUAAUUUGAGUUAGGUAUAUUUUUUAUAAACUUAAUAAAUUAUUUACAAUUA